GACAGCCACGGAUCACAACUCCGACAACACCACAGCUGUGCUGAAGGAGUGGCUGACUGUCAUGCAGAAAUAUUACCAUUAUGUUGAGUGGAGACCGAUGGACAAGCCCACGUAAGUCCAAAUGUGCAGAAGCUCAUUAAGGUCCGAGCAAAUAUGCAGCAGGAAAACAUCUGUACCCGCUUUUUUUUUACUUCUUUGUUGGUGCAUUUUAUAGUCAUUCCUUACUCUCAAAUUAAACCAUAUAAGCUUCUUUUACUUGAUUUAAAUAAAUGGUUCAG